AGGACACACUUUCACACACGCGCCUUCACUACUUUCAAGCUUUUUCAGCAUGUCAGAACCUCAACUAAAUGUUUCUACCCUUCUCUCUUUCCAACACCACCAUUUCCAUUCACCCUUUUCACUUCCACUUUCUUCUGGUAAGAUUUUCUCUCUUGCAUCCUCCAACUUGAACACACUCAUGCUUUGUUCAUCCUCAAAAUGUGUCCUUUUUUUGUUAUUAUGUUUCAUUAUCAUGUUUAAUAUUCACUACUUUGAAUCUAAAGACACCCCUUUAUUGGUAAAUGUUAGAUAGUGCUUUAAGUAGUGAAAAUCUUGCUUCUUUUGUUGUUUUCUAAUAAUCUAAUGUCUUUGAAUUUGCUUCUUUGUGUGAAGAUUCUGUGGAUGGUUGGUUUUAGUUGUAUUUUGAAGCAAAGCUAGAACUUUGUUAGGGAUUGAUUGGUCUUUUUAUGAGUUAAGAAAGUUUUUGAUAUUUUUGGGAUGGAAUGUUCAAACACCAAACUCAUAAAACCAAACCCAAACAUAUCAGAAAUUGUUAGCAAGUUGGCAAAAGUGUGCACAUUGAAAUCCAUUGGGGUGUUCUCAUCUGAACUCCCCAAUCUCCAUCACUUGCACAAACCUGUUUGUGAUAAUGCCUCAGUGAGUGGAAACACUAGUAGUGUUGCAAGUGAUGAUAAUAGGAGCCAUGGACAGAAAAUCCAUCCACAUCCCAUUGAAUUUGAGGUGCCUAAAGGUGAGGGUUUUUGUGCUGGUUUGGAGAUCAUGAAGAUCUUCGAUGUUGUUUCGGCUAUCAAAUUGGCUUAUCUUGAGCUUCAACAAGCUCAUAUCCCUUAUGACCCUCACAAGGUUGUUUCUGCUGAUAAAAGAGUAAGUGCUGAGCUUGAGAAGCUUUGCAAGUUCAAGGUUGAAUAUAAAGAGAAGCAAUGCAGGAUUGCAAUGUUAAAUGCCGGGAGAUUUGAUCGCUUACGAUCUGAAAUUAAGGCCAAGGAAGCAUUGUUGGGGAAGCUUAAGGGUAAGAACAAUGUUAAAGACUCUAAGAUUCUUCGGUUGCAACAAGAGCUUCAUGAUUUGGAGAUGGUGAAUAAGAAUCUGACAGAGAAGAUCAAGAGGAUAAAUAAGAUGAAGAAUGCAAGUGUUUCGAGUGUUGCCAAGUUCCAUGAGGUCUUUGAGGCUUCUUCAAUGUCCAUUCAUGAUUUUGCAAAACCGUUGAUUAGCUUGAUGAAGGCUUCAGGUUGGGACUUGGAUGCUGCAGCAAAAUGGAUUGAGAAUGAUGCUGUUUAUGUCAAAAGGGGAGACAAGAAGUAUGCUUUCGAGGCCUACAUUGCUCGCAGAAUGUUUCAUGGGGUGUCCUUAAGAUCUUAUGAUGUUGGUGAUGUUGUGAAGUUUGAUGAUCCAAUUGAUGCACUGAUGGAGAAUCCAGACUCAGAUUUCUCCAAAUUUUGCAGAAUAAAGUAUCUUCUGGUUGUUCAUCGCACAAUGGAAGAGUCUUUCUUUGGAAAUUUGGAUCACCGGAGUUUGGUAUCAAACGGCAAGCACCCAAGAACAGAGUUCUAUCAAUUAUUCACGAAAAUGGCUAAAUGGGUUUGGGUUUUGCUAGGUUCUGCAGCAUCAAUAGACCCCAAUGCAACCAUGUUUUAUGCAGACAAUGGAAGCACGUUCUCAAGUUUGUACAUGGAAUCUGUCAAUGUGGAAAGAGAGAUUGCAGAACAAGGAACCUACAGUGUUCAGUUCAUGAUCAUGCCUGGCAUUAAAAUCGGACAAACAUUGGUGAAGUCUCAAGUUUAUAUCUCAAAACAAUCUGAAGCUUUGUAGUAGUCUUUUUAGCUGGUAAUUCUUGUUCUGUACAAGAAUUUCUUUAGUGGUAGCUUAGCUGUUCAAGAUAACCAUGACUACUAGGUUGUGUUAGAGACUUAAUCCAUCAGUUUAGUUAUUGUAUCCUGUAAUCUCGUCUGCAUCCCGAUGAUUAGGAUCUUGAUGUGUAUAUGCUUGUUCUGACUGUUUCUAAUUAGUAAUUUCUAUCUUUUGGCAAA